GAGAGGGGAAAGGGGGUAAAGAGGGGGCAAAUUUUGGCGCCAGAGUGCAUCGUCUGUUAAAGUUCUGUAUUGUCCUCGUCGCGUGUUUAAAUGAGUCAACUCGAUCAUCAUGUACAUAGAUAACAUUGUUGAAGGGUUUUAUAACGUGGUGCAUGACUCGAGAGUUCUGCUUUUUGUCAACUAUGAUAUUGAUGCCAUCUGCUCAGCUAGGAUUUUGCAGUAUCUAUUUCGAUGUGAUACAAUAUCUUAUACUUUAGUGCCAAUCUCUGGUAUACAAGAAUUACGUCUGGCAUAUGAAGAGAAUUGUGAAGAAGUGAAAUAUGUGGUUCUUGUCAAUUGUGGAGGAACAAUCGACAUUGUUGAAUUGUUGGAACCCAAUGAAGAUGUUGUAUUUUUCUUGAUAGACAGCCAUCGACCCACAGAUCUUUGCAACGUUUUUAGCAGUUCCCAAGUGAGAAUUAUUGGUAAACCUGAGGCUGAAGAGAACAUCCCUGAGUUUGAUGAUGUAUUUCGAGAAGAUUCUGAAGAUGAAGAAGACAAAAGUGACAAUUCAGGAGGAGAAUCUGACCCUGAAGAAAAUAGGGCUGCUAAAAGAAUGCGUUUAAGUGAGGAGGCCAUACUUAAGCGAAGAGAACAUCGUUUGUGGACUGAAAAGCGUGAUAGAUUUGUAUUUAAUUACACACAAUUUAGUUAUUUUGGAAAAGCUAGUGCCGUAAGAAUGUUUGAACUUGCCCUCAAUCUUUCUAAGGAUAAUGUUGAUUUACUGUGGUGUGCUAUCAUUGGAGUAACAGAGCAAUAUCUUCUUGGAAAAAUUGAGAAACAGCAAUACAUCUUGGACACUGGUGUUCUACAAGGUCAUGUGUCAAAGUUGAGUCAUAAUGUUGAUGAAGAAACAGCUGAAGCUGUUGCAACCCCUGUCACUGCUCCACGUAUCUCAUUCAUCAAAGAUCUUCAGCUUGCACUUUACCGACAUUGGACUGUUGAAGCUAGUUUAAGACAUUCCAUGUAUUCAGCAUGCAAGCUCAAAUUAUGGUCUCUCAAAGGAGAACGUAAAUUACAUGAACUGCUUGUUGACAUGGGGUUACCAUUAGCUCAAAGCCGUCAAAAGUUCUGUGCAAUGGACAUGGUUUUGAGAAAAGAAUUUCAUUCAAUGAUUGAAAAGUUAGCUGAAAAGUACAAUCUUGAUCAGUUGGUGUUCACCAGUUUUAUUUUACAACAUGGAUUUAGAAAUAAAUUUUGUGCAUCUGAUGUUGUAUAUUCCAUGUUAGCAUUAUUGGAGUCAACUUCCCGUGAUAGGUCUUCUAAAGAUUGCUUUUUAGAGGCAAUGGAUGCUCUCUCUAGGUCAAAGAAGAAUUUGCUGGAAGAUGGCAUUGAAAAAGCCAAAUUAAUGUUAACAAGUAUUUUCAAAAUGGUUCAGGGAGCUCUGGAUAUGCAAAUGGUUGUUUCUGGUGGACCAUUUCUGUAUUUUGUCAUUCAAGAGGGAGCAUUGAAUGCCCGACAUUUUUCCCAUCCUCACACAUUAAUACUUCUAGCUCAGUUCCUAUUACAAGCACAUGUAAUGGUUAAAAAAAAAUCUUUAAACUUGCCACUAAUAGCAUCAGCACCUCUGAAUGUAGAAGAUGGAACAUGUCUUGUUGUUGGAAUCCCUCCUGUUAUUGAAGAUUCUCCCAGAAACUUUUUUGGAAAGGCGUUUGAACAAGCAGCAGAAAAAACAAAUGCUCGAGCUCAGCUUGAUUAUUUUGAUUCAUCUAUCAUGAAACUUAAGACUGAAGAUAGGUCAAAAUUUUUUGAUGCUCUAGCAGCACUUUUAUCAUAGUAAUUUAAUUCUGAGACCAAAAUUUUUAUUGUUAUCAGAUCCAAAGCCCUUGAAAAGUUUUCACUUCUCAAGGCUUUUAAUUGGAGAAAAUUGUGAUAUUAUGCUUCAGGGGAAAUGUGCUUUAAUAGCACCAAUUUUAAAUUACGAACUGUAUAGACCUGUAACUAAUGAUUUAUGAUGUAGUAAAGUAACUUUUAAGUGUUCUGUGAUUUCUGUGAAAUCUUUUUUAUUAUCGACAAAUGUAUUGCAGUCUUUCAGAAUCAUAUGUGUAUCAUUUUUCUGAGUGUGUUUGUGAAGUUUCCCCCAUGGCUGUGGGUGCAAUAAAAAUUUUUAUAUAACUAGUUA